AUGUCUCCGACACCCCACUACCAUGACCUGAAAAGUAGCGAGGCCGUGUUGGGCAUCGACUUCGGCAAUGGCAGCUCCAAGGAAUCCUUGGUCAGGUCGAGGGAAGACCGCGAGCCGUACCUGAUUCGCGUCCCGUUCAAAGGCGGGCUUGAUGACCCGAGAAGAGCGGGUGCGGUGCACCAGUUCACCGCGUACGCUGCUCAGGACAAGGCGGGCAAGCUCGUCGUUGGCAAGGAAGCCCUGCGCAUGGAUUUCGAUUCCCCUCAAGACAAUCCUGACCUGGCUGGCCGGGAUCACCCCUGCCAGGCUGGGCUGCUUGAGCAUUUCAAGCUCCUGUACGACUCCGCCAUCGCCGCAGCAGCAGGCCAGAAGGUAACGAUUCGAUCGGUCGUGCUUACCUACCCUAACUACUUGUGCCCGUCGAACUAUCAUUCAGGUAGUUUCGAGACGUAUCUUGACACGUAUAUCGGUCUGAUGCGUUCUAUAUGGGCAGACGAUAUGCACAUCGAGACGGCAUCGGAAGGACAGGCUGCAGCGAUAUAUAUCUGUGAGCCAUAUCAUGACGUCUACGGCACGGACUCGCAAGAGGAGCGCCACCGGACCCUCUUCGCGGACCUCGACAAGCAGAAGGGACUGAACCUGCUCGUCGUCGAUACCGGUGCGAGUACUCUUAACGUCCAAUGCAUGACCGUGUAUUUCGACGAGAAAGGCGACAUAUGCAACAGCCAGUCAAACGUCCCGUCUGGCUGGGUGACGGGUACCAGGGGUGGCAGCCACAUCUCGAACGACAAGAUCAGGACGCUCGUCGAGCAAGAGCUCAAGCCCUUGCUUGUCACAAACCAGCUCGCCGAAGGCGAGAUGGCCCACCUGCUCCAGGACUUCGAGGGUCAGAAGAAACAUUUCAACUACGUCGAAAACACGAACAUGAUGAACCUUCGGGGCUACUCCCAGGAGUCCUUUGUUCCGUUGUCGCCGGAACAGGUCCGGCACGCGUUCGAGAGCGCCUUCCGAGAUGGGUUGGACCUGUUGAAACGACAUCUGCAUCGCCUGGUCGGGUUCCAAGGAGACUUCGCAGUUUUGUUUUGCGGAGGGAGUUACUGCAACCCGGGCCUUUACCACCAGGUAAAGAGCAUUAUGGCCGAUUUUGAGAUUACCGCCGCGGCCCGCAGUUGCGGGGUGAAGCACGCGUUUAUGCGCGAUGAACCAUACUGGUCUUCGGCGGUGUCGUCAGGGGUUGCCCUGUCUUUGAUCAGGAUGCCACCCCCUGGCGAACUUCUGAGAAGCUCUUGUAUCGGCCCUCAAGAGGUAAGCUAUAAGAGGAGGAAUGGCAAAUGGGGUAAGAAAGCUUCAUCGACCGACGCCCAUGUUGUGUACUGUUAUGAGCUGGACAGGACGCUACACGUCGAGAUCGAAGUCCCUGGCCGCAAUAUGAAACUGGUUCUGAAUAUGGUCUGCGAUCCCCUAUGGGUGGCCGACGUUUCCGACAGUCACCCGUUCAUUGAGAUUGGCCGUGCCGAGGAAGUGAUUGGUGGUCCUAUCUCAACCUACGAUUUGGCAUUCGAGGUUAGCACCCGUGAUCUUCCACGCGGCCCCGUUUACUUCACUGUCGAUCACACCAAGGUCCGCGACGAUGGACCGGUUUCGCUCCAGCUGGAAUGCUACACCCAUCUCAAGCGGGGAGCCUACCUACCCAACGACGUCGACAGGAAAUGGACAAUACCGCUCAGAACGGACCGUGCGACCAAGCUCCUCCAAGUGGGCAAGGCGGUUCAGUUGCCGAUCUGGUGUAAGCGCUGCUCCAAGAAGAUUGGGAAACACGCGCGUGUCUGCCAGGACUGCGACCGGUAUAGCGUGUGUACGGCAUGCUACGUCAAAAUAAGCACGGAUUGGACGCUGCAUCCCAAGCAUGUUUUCACGGGCCUGUCUGCCUACCGAUGA